AUGAAACUUUGGACUUUUCUCCCCUGGCUUCCUUGCCUUUUGGUUUGUAUCAUGUGUUUGGGAUCUGAGUGCGGGACUGUCCGGAGAAUGGGGAGAUCUAAGAGAGAGUUGGUGCGCAUUAGGGAAGCCAGAACUACCUUCCCUGGGGCUUGCGCCACACGCCUGCCUCGGGGCAAACGUUCCUUGCCCGGGAUGGAUCGGCGGUCGCCUCGCCAGCACCGUCGCUCCUCCCAAGCGGAGGAGAGCUCUCCCGGUCGGGGAAAGGCGGUUUAUUUUACCGGCAGAGGAGACCAGCUACGACUGAAGCCUGGUGUGGAGGUACCGAGAGGAAAUUUUACCUUGGAAAUGUGGAUCAAACCGGAGGGAGGGCAGCGAUCACCCGCAGUAAUUGCAGGUCUUUAUGAUAAGUGCUUCUACGCCUCCAGUGACCGUGGUUGGCUGCUGGGCAUCAGGGCAGUGAGUGAACAGGGGCACAGAGACCCACGUUUCUUCUUCUCUCUCAAGACGGACCGUGCGCACAAGGUUACUUCCAUUACCUCCAAUGCACGCUAUCUGCCCAACCAGUGGUCCCACCUGGCAGUCACCUACAAUGGCCAGCAAAUGAAGCUGUUUGUGAAUGGAGCCCAGGUGGCAGUGAGCCGUGAGCAGUCUGGGGAGAUCUUCAGCCCACUCACCAAGAAGUGCAAGGUGCUUAUGAUUGGUGGCAAUGCCCUCAACCACAACUACCGGGGUGCGGUGGAGCACCUGACCAUCUGGCGUCGGCCACGCUCCCAGCAGGAGAUCAUGAUGGGCAUGCGCAGCCAUGGCCACCUGCAGCUGGACGACCUGUCCCAGCUGGUCAUCCGUGAGACCUUUGAGAACGCUUCACGCAAGUGGCUGACUGUGAAGGACGGCAGCUUUCCCCAGGCAGAAGAUGGAGGCCGGGCAGGGCUGGGGGAGAUGGCUGCCUCCCUGGACACUGCCCUGGAGCCCCCACCCUGUGGACAGACGGUCUGUGACAAUGUAGAAGUGGUGACCAACUACAACCGCUUCUGGAGUUUCCGCAAGCCCAAGACGGUGCGCUACCGGGUGGUGAACGUGUAUGACGACGCACACCGCAAGCCCACUGUGACAGAGCACCAGAUCCACCUGCAGCACCAGCACCUGAAUGAAGCCUUUCGCAUGUACAACAUCACCUGGGAGCUGAGCGUGCACAAUGUGUACAACUCCUCCCUACGCCACCGCCUAGUGCUGGCUAACUGUGACAUCAGCAAGGUCGGCGACGAGGAGUGUGACCCUGAGUGCAACCACACUCUCACAGGCUUCGAUGCUGGCUACUGCAAGAAGCAGAAGAGCCACUGCCCUGAAUACAAGCAGGGAAAUGGGGUGUGUGACCCAGAAUGCAACUGGGAUAACUAUUACUAUGAUAAUGGAGACUGCUGCAACCCCAACAUAACUGAUGUAACCAAGACUUGCUUCAACCCCUCAUCACCGCUCAGAGCCUAUUUGGACGUGAAGGAACUGAAGGAGAUUCUGAAUCUAGAUGGCUCCACACAUCUCAAUAUCUUCUUCGCCAAUUCUUCUGAUGAAGAUCUCGCUGGUGUAGCAACUUGGCCCUGGGACAAAGAGGCCCUCACACAUUUAGGCGGGAUUGUGCUUAACCCCUCCUUCUAUGGUACUUUCGGUCACACCCACACCAUGAUUCACGAGAUUGGCCACAGCUUGGGGCUGUACCACGUGUUCCGUGGGAUCUCGGAAAUCGAAUCGUGCAACGAUGCCUGCCUUGAGACGGAGCCCUCGCUGGAGACAGGAGAUCUGUGUGCUGACACCAACCCCACGCCCAAAUACAAGCACUGCAGGGACCCUGAGCCUGGCAACGACACCUGCGGGCGGCGUCACUUCACCCACACGCCCUUCAACAACUACAUGAGCUAUGCAGAUGAUGACUGCACUGAUUCCUUCACGCUCAAUCAAGUGGCGAGAAUGCACUGCUACCUGGAUCUUAUCUACCAGUCGUGGCAGACGAGCAGCAAGCCCCCCCCUGUGCCUAUGGCGCCCCGUGUGGUGGAGCAGGGGCAGGACGCCCUCACACUGGAGUGGUUCCCACCCAUCACUGGACACUUCUAUGACAGAGAAGUGGGAUCAGUGUGUGACAAAUGCACGGAGGGGAGGGUCCUGCUCCAAUACGCCUCCAACUCCUCCUCUCCCCGGCCCUGCGCCCCCUCCGGACACUGGAGCCCCCGCGAGGCUGAAGGACCCCCGGACGUGGAGCAGGCCUGUGAGCCCAGCGUUCGCACGUGGAGCCCCAACGCGGGCAUGGACUCGAGCAGCGUGGGCUCACCCCCGUGCCCGCUGCAGGGCUGCAUGCUGCAGCUGGAGUUCCAGUACCCGCUGGUGCCCGACUCGCUCACUGUGUGGGUCACCUUCUUCUCGCCCGAGGAGACACAGCUGCCUGCCAUCCACAACAUCCUGCUGCUCACGGUCAGCGGUGAAAAUGUUUCUUUGGGCCCGCGCAACGUCUUCUGCGACACACCUCUCACCCUGAAGCUGGACAUAAAGGAGGAGGUGUACGGCGUGCAGUUCUUCACCACAGAGCAGCACCUGGAGAUCGACGCCACCCUGCUGGCCUCUAAACCCGACUGCUCCCUCUGCCAGGCCUGCCAGCCCCUCCACUAUCGCCUGCUGCGCCAGCCAGCCUUCUCCCACGCCCCCCACGGCCUUCUGCUCUCUGACACCAGCCGCAGAUACGUGGACAGGGAUGUGGAGCCUGAUGCUGUAUAUACAUACGAAGUGGUGACUGUCUCUAGAAAAGCAGAGAGCGAACCAUCACCAGCACUCACUCACCAGCUGGGGGCGCCUUACUGUGGGGACGGUCGGAUCCAAAGAUUGCUGGGGGAGCAGUGUGAUGACAUGAACUCUGCAAAUGGGGACGGUUGCUCCAGCCAAUGCAAGAGGGAACCUUUCUUCAACUGCGUGGACGAGCCCAGCAUGUGUUACCUGUACGAUGGGGACGGGGUGUGUGAGGACUUCGAGCGGGAGACCAGUGUGCGGGACUGUGGCCUGUACACUCCCAGCGGCUUCCUGGACCAGUGGGCCACGGCGGUGGAGGCGUCCCAUGAGGAAAGCGCCAACUGCCCCUGCGAGGUGGCCGUGGGGUACCCCGCAGUGACCAAGACCUGCCAGUCCAAGGCCUUUGACCUGUCCAAUGGGGUGUCCCAGUAUGCCUGGUUCCCCUGCCAGGAGGCACAGCAGCACUCCUGGAACCCCCAAUACUGGCUCAAGGCAUACUACGCUCACCCCAUGGUGGCCGCAGCAGUCAUCAUUCACCUGGCAGCAGAUGGGACCGGCUACAUCGACCAGACGCAGUGCAACAUCACCGUUCAGCUCGUGGACACGAAGGAGCAGAUACACAGCUUAGGUGAUUGGCGCCUGAGUUGUAGGAACAACCCCCUGGUGAUCCCGGUCAGUCACGACCUCAGCACUGCCUUCUACCGCACCAAAGCCAUUGUGGUCAAGUUCCGUUCACAUCUGGUGGCCAUCUCCGGGGUGGGCCUCCGGUCUUUCCAGUACUUCGACCCCAUCACCAUCAGCGGCUGCCAAAGCAAUGAGAUCUACAACCCCAUGGGCCAGAGCUGCGUGCACUACUCCUGCGAGGCCGUCGACUGCCAGGAGCCCCUGAUCCGCAACGCCGACAUGAAGUGCAGCAGCCCUGGUUUCUUCAAUGGCGUCCGCUGCACCGUCACCUGUAACCGCGGAUACGUCCUGCAGAUCCACAGGGACGAUGAUAUCAUCAAGACCCAGUCAGUCUCCACGGUGACGAUGACCUGUGCAGAUGGGAAAUGGAACAAGCAGGUGACGUGCGAGCCGGUGGACUGCGGCCGGCCGGACAAGUACCACGUCCACCCCGCCAUCUUCCACUUCCCUGAAGGAACCACCUACGGCAAGAAGUGCACCUUCCAGUGCAAGGAGCCUGCUCAGCUCAUAGGGUCCAAUAACACUCUGAUCUGUAUGGAGGAUGGCAUGUGGUCUUUCCCUGAGUGUCUGUGUGAGCUGCGCUGCCCCGCCCCGCCCCCUGUGCCCAACGCUGUCCUGCAGACCAAGCGCUGCAAUGCCACCGGCCUCAAGGUGGGCUCCUUCUGCAAGUACAAGUGCAAGCCCGGCUACCACGUCCCCAACACAGACAAGCCCAAGAGGCGGGCAUUUAAGAGACAGUGCACAGAGGAAGGCAGCUGGCAGGAGGGGGCGUGUGAGCCUGUGACCUGCGACCCCCCUCCCCCCAUCUUCCACGGCAUGUACCAGUGCACCAACGGCUUCAAGUUCAACAGUGACUGCUGGAUAAACUGCAACGGUGCCAACCACACGGGUCCCACCACCAAUGUGAUCCGUUGUAAGAAGGAUGGGAACUGGACGGGGUCUUUUCAUGUCUGUCCCCAGCUGGAGGGACACUGCCCUCUCCCACAGAACCUGAGUCCCAGCAUCCGCGCCAGCUGUAAGAAUGGAUACGGGAUAGGUCAGGAGUGUGAGCUCACCUGCAAGGACAGGAACAAUAAUGUGGUGAUUCUGCCCAGCAAUGUAACCGUAGAGACCGUGAUGAAAGAUCACUGGAGAAACCCGCCCAAAGUCAAGAGUAUUGUCUGCACCAUGGGGCUGAAGUGGUACCCUCUCCCGGAAGCCCUGCACUGCAUUAAAGGCUGUGAGCCCUUCAUGGGGGAUAAUUACUGUGAUGCCAUCAACAACCGAGCUUUCUGCAAGUACGACGGCGGCGACUGCUGUCACUCCACCGUCAAGACUAAAAAGGUGAUUCCAUUUCCUAUGUCCUGUGACAUCCGAGAAGACUGCGCCUGCCGAGACCCGAAGGCCCAGGAGAACAACAAAGGGAGCCGGCCCCGCUCGCUGGGCUGAGCGCCGCGGUCUGGGAGAGCCAUACAUUCCUCUACAUGCUGCUUACUGGAGUACCUCUCUCCUCUCAUAUCGCACCCCUACACGUGCACCAACCUGCCUUCUCCUUCUCCUCCUCAUCUGGAUCAGGAACCAAGCUAAAGGACUAACAAAGGAAUGAAAUAAUAAACAUUCAAAAGAGCGAAAAACAGAAAAACAACAAGUAAACCAACGCAAGACUUCAACAAAAGAAACAGACAAAAAACAAAGCCAAGCCUGGAUAGCAUGUUGUUGUCUAGUUUUGUGUCUGCUUUCGUAGCCAUUUUUGCUGGCCGUGCUAUAAUGUCUUUAUUUUUUUAAGAACAGAAGAAACAAAAUGAUUGUGAGAAAGAA